AUGGAGGAACUGGACAAGAAGACUACCCCUGCUUCGGGUCUGCCUCUUGCCUUUCACGGCACAGCCAUUCAUUCACAAAGCCUAGACGAACUCGAGAUCUUGGAGAACUGCUUCAUUCUCGUGGGCAAAGAUGGCAAGAUCCAGGUCUUUCAAGCAGGCGUAGAACCUGAUCAGAUCAACAAUCUUGUUUCAGAGAAUGGCUAUGCGCCCGAUAUCUUCCCAGUGAAAUAUCUCAAGCGUGGGGAAUUCCUGUGCCCUGGCUUCGUUGACACCCACAACCAUGCACCGCAGUGGGCACAACGCGGCGUUGGAAGAGGGAUCUCGCUACUCGACUGGUUAAACAAGGUCACAUUUGCUCAUGAGGCCAAGUUUGAAGAUCCCGAAUAUGCUCAACGCACGUAUGCCUCGUGCGUUGCCGGGUUCUUGCAGCAGGGAAUCACCACCGCAUCUUACUACGGCUCCCACCAUGGCCAGGCCACUCGGAUCCUGGCGGAUGUCUGCUUUGAAAAGGGCCAACGCGCUUUGGUGGGAAAGUGUAACAUGAGUCGAAAUGCCCCGGAGUGGUACAGGGAUGCCUCCAUCUCGGAUUCACUGCGUCAAACGCGUGAGCUCAUUCAGCAUAUCGACCAACUCGACCCAGGAUACCAACUGGUGAAGCCAAUUAUUACGCCGCGCUUUGCGAUAUGCUGUGAGCCCGAGUUGUUGGCUGGGCUAGGUGCCAUUGCUCGUGAACAUCCCGAUCUGCCAAUCCAAACUCAUUUCAACGAGGCAAAGCAGGAAAUUGAAUUCACAAAUCAGCUUUUCCCUGAGUUCCAGACAGAAGCCGAUCUUUAUCAGAAAUUCAAUCUGUUGAAUGGUCGAUCCAUCCUUGCGCACUGCAUUUUCCUGCAAGAAGAGGAAAUGUGCCGCAUCCAAGAGCUUGGCUGCGGUGUUGCCCAUUGCCCGAUCGCAAACACUACCAUGCAAGAGUAUAUGAUUGCACCUGUGAGGGAAUAUUUGCGUCGCGGUAUAAAGGUGGGACUGGGCACAGACAGUGGUGGCGGUUACUCGUCAUCGAUCAUGGAAGCUAUGAAGCAUGCCUUUAUCGUGUCAAAUGCGCAACAAACGAAGACUGAAGGCCGAGACCCUGCAUUAUCCCUGCCAGAAUGCUUUUUCCUUGCCACCCUAGGUGGUGCGCAAGUUUGUGGACUCGAUGAUCGGAUAGGAAAUUUUGCGAUCGGUAAAGAGUUUGAUGCGCUGGAGAUCCACACAGUCGAUCUUGACCGACCGGGUGUGAUGUGUCUAGUAGAAGAUGAGGAUACCAUCGAGGUCAUCUUCGAGAAGUUCCUGAUGACUGGCGAUGAUCGCAAUAUUGCCAAGGUCUAUGUGAGUGGUCGCUCAGUCAAGACUUCAUGA